AUGAGGCCUCAAGAAUCACAUCUCGAGCUGGUUGGUCACGAUCCGUCGCACUCUGACAUCUCCCUUGUACAUCUAGGAAAGAGUCCAGGCUCGCGAUCCGAUUUCACCCUCACACCUGGCUCGCGUUCUGAAUUCUCCUUUGCUACUCCUGGGUCUCAGUCAGAAUUUCCUCUCGUGAAGCAUGAUGCGUCCCCCGAAGAUGCUGGAUUCCCCUCGGGGCGAAAAAGCUCAGGCCCGCCGCAGACAUCCCGGAAAGGGAAGACCUUCUGGUUGAUUCUCUUCGCUCUGGUGAUCUCAUUCUUCAUGGUUGUACUCGAGGGUGCAUCCGUGGGCAAUGCGUCGCCCACAAUCGCGAGUGACCUCAACAUAUCCGAGUUCGCAUGGAUUGGAACAGCUUACGGUCUAUCAUCUACCGCCCUCCUGCCUCUGAGUGGCGGACUCGCCCAGAUCUUUGGUCGGCGACCAGUGAUGCUUGUGUCCCUUGCUAUCUUCGCUGUGGGAGGAGCACUGUCAGGCGCUUCCACAGGUUCAGCAACUCUCUUCGCCGGUCGCACUGUCCAAGGGUUGGGUGGCGGCGGCGUGCUGACAUUGAGCUCCAUUAUCCUGUCGGAUAUCGUCGCGCUCCAUGAACGCGGGUUGUAUAACGGCAUCCUCGGUCUUGCUUGGAGCGCUGCAUCCGGUGUAGGACCGGUGAUCGGCGGGUCGUUCGCGCAAAACGGACACUGGCGCUGGCUCUUCUACAUGAACAUACCCUUCGCGGGUCUCGCUGCUGUAUUGGUUUUGUUUUUCGUUAAGCUCCCGACGCCACCGGGGACCAUGCGGUCAAAACUUGAACGUAUUGACUGGAUUGGAAAUGCUCUCGUAAUGGGGAGCACAACAGCUGUUGUGAUAGGAUUGACAUGGGGCGGCGUUGAUUACGCUUGGACCUCUGCCCAAGUACUAGUCCCGCUCAUCGUAGGCGGCGUCGGAUUCGUACUAUUUAUGCUGUACGAAGCCCUUUGGGCGAGGCAUCCUCUCAUUCCAAUAUCUCUCAUUCUCAACCGCACCAGUAUAAGCGGGUUCAUUCAAACCGGUCUUCUAUCUGUGCCUCUCACAGGGCUUAUGUAUUACCUCCCUGUGUACUACCAAGCGUGCACGCUCGCCUCACCGAUACGCGCAGGAACGCUCGUCUUCGGUGUCGCGUUCACCGUCGCGCCUACCACCAUCGUCGCCGGUGCACUCAUCACUGCUACGAAACGCUACCGUCCGCCAAUCUGGUUCGGCUGGGUCCUGCUCCUCGUCGGGCAAGGCCUCCUCACCACCCUCAAGGCAACGAGCACGAAGGCCACGUCCAUCGGCUUUCAAAUCCUGACCGGCAUCGGCAUCGGCGCCGUGUACAGCUCCACGUAUUUCCCCGUCCUCGCCCCGCUGCCCGUCGAGCAGAACGCGCCGGCGCUCGCGCUCUACGUCUUCCUCAGGAGCUUCGCACAGAUCUGGGGCGUCGCCAUCGGCGCAACCGUCCUCCAGAAUCAACUCUCGUCGCGGCUACCCCAGGCCUUCCUCGCAACACUGCCCAGCGGUGCGGGCGUCGCGUACUCCUCGAUCCCCGCGAUCCCCGCGCUCGCGUCGCCGCUGAGGGAGGAGGUGCAGGUCGCGUUUGCGGAGAGCCUGGACGUGCUGUGGCGCGUGCAGUGUGCGCUAUCUGCAGUCGGCGCGUUUGCGAGCUUGUGGAUGAAGGGUUUGCCGCUUCACACGGGCACGGACAGGAAGUGGGACGUGGACGGAGUGGAGGAUGAGAGCGAGAAGUAG